AUGGUCCGUUGCAGGUCUGGCAGCAGCAACAGCGGAGGAAGCGGGACCGCACGUGGGCCGAGGCUGCCCGCAUGUGGAACAUCUCCAUUGGCAUGUCUGAAUGCUAUGCUUCACACUAAUUCUCGUGCAGAUGAUGGAAUGUUUUACAGACUUCCAGGGCGGAUGGGUCUUUAUACAUUGAAGAAAGAUGCAUUAUUAUGGUCCAAGAACAUGCCCAUUGGUGAUGAAGGUUAUGACGAUGGACCUGACUUGGAAAGUUGUGAUUCUAAUGAAGCCAGUACCACAGGCGAGGAAAAUGAUGCCUCACCAGUGUCUGAUGAGAGUUCCUCCAAUGCGUCAUGUUCCACUGAGACUCAAGGAAAACAGGUGUCUCCUGGCAAGCAGAACAGCAACAAAUCGACCCAACAGCCUGUGAAGCAGCAACCAAAAAAGAAGAUUGGAGUUCCAGUGAUGAUGAGCAAAUCCAUUCCAAGAGUUGUCCUGACUCCAUUGAAAGUUAAUGGAGAGCACGUGGAAUCUGCUUCAGUGUUCACAGCCAAGCACACAGAUGGUGAAUCGAGCAGUACAUCCAAUGGUAGUUCCUGCACAGUUACCUCUGGCAGCACUCAGUACAACAGAACAGAAAUGAACAAACUUCAGUGCAGGCCAAGCCUGAAUCGGAAGCCUGGACAACACUUCAGAGCCCUGAGAAGGUCAAACACAGCAGGACAAAUGAAGCGAAACCGAGGGGAAGAGAUUGACGUGGAGACUCCUGGAUCCAUUCUGGUUAAUACAAACCUGCGGGCUCUGAUCAACUCCCGAACCUUUGCUUCCUUGCCACUGCACUUCCAGCAGCAGCUGCUCUUUCUCUUGCCAGAGGUGGACAGGCAGGUUGGCACUGACGGUAUAAUGCGUCUCAGUAGCUCAGCUCUAAAUAACGAGUUCUUCACCUCUGCAGCCCAAGGCUGGAAAGAGCGACUAGCAGAAGGUGAGUUUACACCAGAAAUGCAGCUUCGCCUCCGUCAAGAAAUGGAAAAGGAAAAAAAAGUGGAACUGUGGAAAGAGAACUUCUUUGAAGAUUACUACGGGCAGAAACUGGGCUUGUCCAAAGCCGAAUCUGAGGAGCAGACAGCUGUAAAAGUGGAAAUAGAAAAGGAAGCUAAUUCACCUGUAUUAGCAGGACCAUCGAAGCAACUUAGUCCCGUGAAGAAGCAAGAUGAAAGGAUAAGGAAAUGCACUCGAAGUUCAAAGGUGGACCUCAAGUGUAGAGUGAGGCGAAAUCUUAUUGCAGACAGAAAGCCAGAAGUCCCUGAACAAAGUGAAAAGGCAUCUGCGUGCACUGUGCCGUCUCACGAUACCCGCAGCCAGAAACAGCACAAUGUUGAGGUCAAGGUGUCGCAGGCAGGUGCCUGUGUAGAUGAAGAUCCACUUGGUCCCAUUAACAAUGAAGCUAGUCCCGGACAACCAAAAGAAGUGCUUCCAAAUAAAUCUGCCUUAAAGUCCAAAGCCACCUUGCUGACUGAGAAACCUGCAGAAACACAGCCGCAAGAACGUACCAAAUCCGACGUACACCUAGAAUUGAGUGAAGUGCAGCCCGCAGCGAUUUCCAAGGACCAGGUCACCUGCCUUACUGUGAAGAGCGCUGCGCUAAAAAGUCAGCUCGAGCACAAUUUCAGCGAGUCCAAAGAGCAAAAGAGGAAGUCUUCUGAGCACGGUGCCUCCACCUCCGGCCCCGAGAAGAAGCCCCGGCUUGAAGAUCAUCAGUCCUUUCGGACUGCAAUUGAUAGCUUUCGGACAGAAAAGGAGCAACCUACAAGAGAAGAACCAAAGGUGCCACCUAUCCGGAUUCAACUCUCAAGAAUCAAGCCACCAUGGGCUGUCAAAGGGCAGCCAGCCUACCAGAUCUGCCCCAGGAUCAUCAGCAGCGUUGGGCCGUCCAGUCGUGAGAGGACAGGGGCCAGAACGCUUGCAGAUAUCAAAGCCCGUGCUCAGCAGGCCCGGGCCCAGAGGGAGGCGGCAGCAGCUGCAGCUGCCCAUGUUACAAUGGAAGGAGGGGGAAGGGGUGGUGGUGGUGGUGAUGGACCAGCCUGCGCUGACUCUCCCCGACCGAUCGACAGAAAGGCUAAAGUACCAGAACAAGCUGCGGCAAAACAUCAGCAUCGAGCACAGCUACAGCAAGCCGGCAGUGCCGACGAGGAGCUCGACAAGCACGACACCGACCCAGACAAUAGUGCUAAGCAAGGUGUUAUAAUCGAAGAGUGUUUGGAAAGCAAUCUUGUUGACGCAGCGCCGGGCAAGUCGGAGCCGGCGGCGGAUGAGGUCCAGAGCAUCGGCUGGGACGGCGAUGCUGAAUACAGCAUGGUCAGCAGUAAUUCUCCAGACUUGCUGGAGGAUGUGCAGGACCAGGUGACCGUUUCUGAAGUGAGUGACGCUCUUGUAUCUGAUGGACAGUCCAACGGUGACGAGCCCGCGACCCCCCUCGAGGACCCGCUCCCUGAGCCCCUGGAUCUGCCUGCAGACAGCGACUCCACUUUCCAGGAAGCUAGCACGAAUGGUCAAUGUGAAUCUGUUGUUGUUGUUUCUCUCGCUAAGACUGACGGUCCUCUGCUGUUACCCUGUGGCCAACCUCCAAAACCCGACCUGGGUGAUAAAACCAGUGGCACUGAUGAACCUUUGCAAAAAUAUGUUUUCUCUGGAACGGUAAUUGCAGAAACAAAGAAUGCUGCAAUAAUUAACUCAAUGGACUCUCCUGUUCCAGAAGUCAACGCUGCAGUUUCUGACUCUUUACCAUGCAAUGGCAGUGAAAGUAAAACAAACACUACAGAUAUUUUGUCCAUUAACUUUCCAUCGAGUGACACCUCGGAGCAGGAGAGUAAUGGAUCUCCCGUGGAGCAAACUGGAUCUCUGCUGAUUCACAAAGCACCAUCUUCAACGUUGUCCUCGCAUGAAGAAGAGGAGCGUGGCUGCGAUGAAUUAAAAGUCAACAAUAAGCUAGAAGCUAGCGCGCUGCUGGAGUUAUCCAAUGAACCACACGUUGCAGAGAAACAAAUGACGUCUGUAAUAGUGUCGAUAUGUUCGACUAAAGAUCCCAGCCAUUCAUUAGCACAGAAGCUCUCGCUGGAGGCUGAGAAGGUUGCCGCCUGUACUGCACCUGUUGAUGCAGAAGUAUGUACAAAGGAGCAGCCUGUGAAACAAGAGCAGGCCUCGGCACAGGUUGGGCGACAGUCAGUAGAAGCUGAUGUUGAUGUGACAGAGGAAGAGCUCAGCAGCAAAAGGCAGAACGACUCUGGCACUGACAAUGAGAAUAGCCUGUAUUAUAAGCCCGAAAUAAACAGUCCGCUGUCGGAUGAGAGUUGUGUAACGCCCACCAGUGAAAGAAUGUCUAAAGACGACAGAGCCCCCGUUUGUUCUGAAAGUGGUGUCAUUGUAGAAAGCCCUGAUGGAGGCAAAGGGUCGAAGAACAGUGAUCGGCACCAAGCGGCACAUUUGUCUGUCGAUAAUCAGCUGCAGAAGAAUGAACUACUGAGCGAGGGCCAGAGGCAAAAGGCUGAAGUCUUACAUCAUUUAAACCGGGCAAAUUCUCUGCUCAACCCACGCUCUGAAGGGCCAAAAAGGGCGGGAGAUCCCAAUCGGCCGUUGUCGUCGGCUGAAGUCAACAACCCGCUAGUAACACAGUUGCUUCAGGGCAGCCUCCCUUUGGAGAAGGUUUUGCCCCAGUAUCACUCCGGCACCAAACUGGAGAUAACACGACUGCUGGUGCCACAUCCAGAGAUCCCGGCGGUGAAACAGGAGAGGGGUCUCAACCAGUCGACGAUAGAUCAUGUUGCACAAACAACCGAUAUUAAAAGUAUAAUUAGUGGAGUACAUAGUGGAAUUAAUAAAUUAGCUGAUUAUCACUUGCAUAAGAUAUUGUCGGGAGAUUUCCGCGAUCUCUCUCAGAAGCGACUGGAGCAGAUGAAAUCGACUGUGUUGCAGUCCAGCAAGCAUUACCUCCAUUCUCAGAUGGUCCUGGACCGAGAGUGUAAGAGUCUAGAUAGCCCUGUUUUACAGGAGCAGUUAAAUAGAACGCCAGUUCUCACUAAACCUGUUGAAGAAUCUGGUGUGAUCACACAAAGAAUAGUGCCAAUUCCAUGCAGUUACGAAGAAGGUUGUAAAGAAUUGAUAAAUAUCUCCUCUGGAAAUGCUCAAAGUAACAGGGUGCACAAUCCUCCAGUUAGAAGCAUGCCUGAAACACUGAAGCAAAUCAGCAGCUCCACUGUGUCUGGUUACUACAUUCCAAACACCCCCACCUUUUGCAAAGGUCUGGAGAGCCAGAACACUAUUUUUGGGUCGGUAAUAGCCAAGGCUUGCGGUGGGCUGCCGGGCCGGCAGAAGCUGAGCCACGGCUACCUGCACAACACUGUGCUGGUGCAGAACGACGGAGUUUACCGAGGGACAGAAGUCAUCAAGAUCCAGUCCAGGGGCUCCGUCUUUGAGAACAUGCCCGCCAUUACUCAAACGUCGCCGGACAGGAAACUAAUCGCGAUGGAGGGCGUACCGAAUGUAGGGCGGGAUUGGCUGCCCAAACUGCACGAGAGCUUUAAAGUCAUCAAAACUGAAAACAUGCCCCCGUGCAGGGAGAUGAACAAGAAGCAAGAUAUCCUCGGUAUCAAAGAUGGUGCUUACAUUCCAUUUGAUUCCAAAGACAAGCUGUACGUUGGGCCAAUCAAGAUGGACUGCAGUAUUGGAAAGGUCAUGAAGGAGUCUGGUCUACAAUUUCACCAUUCGUCAGAACGUUCUCUCAUCAAUUCCCAGCUCAGUAUUCAGCAGCAGUUGUACGGCAAACUCCCGAAACUUUCCCUCAGCACCGCAGGCUUCAGUCACCUGACCAACACCACCGUUUCAGAACUCUCCAUGGGCCCCUUUCCCGUGUCACUUGCUGGCAGCAUGAUGUCCCUGAGUCAGAAGACAAACUUUGGGAACCAUAACUCUGCAGUUCCCGCUCAGACGUUUGCCGAAAACAGUGGUGUGAGCGAGAUGACUUUUAAAUGUUCCUGCCGGCUAAAGGCCAUGAUCAUGUGCAAAGGAUGUGGUGCAUUCUGCCAUGAUGACUGUAUAGGCCCAUCAAAACUUUGUGUAUCAUGUCUUGUGGUGAGAUAGUAAAGAACUAUUGUGAAGAAAUGACUCAUCUGCACCACUCACGUGGAUUAUUAUAGCAUGGUGAAAGUGCAACAUAUACGUAUCAGAAUUGUGUAUCAAUGUGUAUAAUUUUGCCUUUUGAGUCUAGUCUGACCACUGUAUAUAAAUGGAAGGGCAGAUAAACUGCAUGCAAAAAUAUUAUGAAGUGGAUGUGAGCAGUUCAUAAUGAACUGUUAUAGGACUGCAGAUCAUGACGGACCUCUGUGUUGAUAAUCCUACCUUGUUUCUCGCUGAUUAUGUCUUUUCUUACCAGAAUUGUGUAAAGGUGAAGUUGCUGACUCCACAAUAAUGUUCUAUGCACUGAUUUUGUUUGUAAAACCUAAAGCAACAUUUGAAAACUGUAGAACUGACCACAUGAUUAUGCAUGUUGAGUUUUUGUUAUCCGUUCAUGAGCCAAGAAAUAAGCAGUGUUUUUUUUUUUGUUUUUGUUUUUUGUUUUUUUGCAAUGUUAAUAUAGUCUCCUACAUUUAGUCUGCUUUGCAUGUUAGCGUUGCUCUUCGGUGAGAUUAGAACGGAGAGCACAGUACUUGGUGCUUCCAAAGCGUUAAUAACACAUUUUAUUUUUGUUUGCCUCCAUUGUAUUUAGUAGAAUACAAAUUUGAACACAGUGUUAGAAAAGAUGCAAGCUUAUUAGGUGGCCUUAAACAAAGUGGUUUGUUUUUAUCCAUCUGUAAUUGCUGAGAUCUGUGGAGCAAGACUUCAUAUUCGGCCUGUCUCAUCCCCUGUUUACCAAAGACAUUCUGCAGAUAUAAAUUUAUUUUAGAAGAGGCUUUACAAACUCAUUCUCAGGUAAUCUCAGUAAUCUCUCUAGCCAUCACGGUUUUCUCCUCCAUUAUUUGUCUCUCUUGAUGCUGUUGUAUUGACUGAGUCUAUGCUUGGGAUUUAUUGGUCUUUGGUGUGUGGGUGACUUCUGUCUGUGUAUUAUGUUGUAUUUUUAUUUACACCUUUACACAGUAUUGAAGAGUUGUGUAGUAAAGUGAAUAAAAUGCAUUCAUUAUAA